UUAUAUGAAUUUUAAUGAAUCUUAAAGAAACCUUAAUAAAUUUUAAUUAAUUUCAAUUAAAUUUAACGAAUCUUACUGAAUCUUAGUGAAAAGGGGUCAAUUGAGAGAAAUUUUCAGUAAAAAUUUUAGUAAUAUAAUAUUUCCAUCAGAGACGUCAUUUAAAUAACGUCAUUAUGACGUCUUAUUUACUUUUUCGGACAUAAUGUGUGUGUGUAUACACAUACAUAAAUAUUCUAAUAUCUAUUAUAUAAAACUUAAAAAUAUUGGAAUGAAUUUAUCAUUAAUACGAUUUUCUAUUUUUUCGAUAUUUAUUCUUCCAUAGUAACGAUUUUAUUAUUUCCUUUUUUAUCAGUGCAAACACGUGUAACUCAAUCGUUAUUAUACAAUAAUAUUUAGCAAUCUCAUUUAGUCUUUCUAGUCUUUUCUACACUAUAUUUACUAGCAGGUAUAAAACCAUCUUAGUGUUAUAAAAAUAUCAAUUGCAAAAAUGAUACGUUAUUUAAUGAAAUCCAGCUUUAUUGUUCGAUAUCUUUCAUUACAAACAUACGGAAAAUGUUUCUAUCACUCAACGAUGAAGCUGGCAGAUACAUUAGCAGCUAGUGAAGAAAAAAAAAGCGUGUCACUGAAUUCCAAUAACGUAAUAACUGCCUCUGUGGCACAAUCACAUACAAUUCCGAUGAUAGAUGCAACUAUAACAUCAACAAAGACAGCGCCAUUAUUGGAAACAUCAAAUUCUGAAAUAGCAGAACGUAUUAAAAUUACUACAUCUAAAGCUGUACCACAUAUCGGUAUAAAAAAAACACCAUUACCAUUUGAAGAAAUUCCUGGCCCAUUGAUUCUGAAAUUAUGGGAAAAGUAUUGGAGAUACGUGCCACUUUUGGGUACGCAACUGUUUUGCAGUCUACUAAUAAGCAGACAUACCCAGGGACGAUUAUCCUGGAAUCGCAACGUCACGCCAAUUAAAUACUUAUUUGAUGAAUAUGGUUGUAUCGUGAGAAUUAACGGACCGCUUGUGAAUGAUAUAAUUAUGAUUCACAGACCUGAGCAUAUAGCAGAAAUUUUCAAUCAGGAAAGCAAAUCACCUAUACGUAGUGGAAUUGAUAUCUUACAACAUUAUCGCCUUAAUCAUCACAAAUAUCGUUCCGCCGGAGCGUUUUCUUUACAAGGUUUGGAGUGGUUGGAAGUAAAAAGGAAAGUUGAGCCGUUGCAUGAAACUAUUUCUGACAAUAUUGAAAAACUGGAUUUAGUAGUUGGCGAGCUUAUUAAUAAAAUUCGUAAUAUACGUAAUCGUCAAGAUGAGGUGCCAGCAAAUUUUCAUCAAGAACUUACCGCAUGGGGAAUGGAAUGUUUCUACGUGAUAAUGUUCAGCAAACACUUUGGUUUUCUCGAUUCUACCUCAAAAUCAGCUUCAGAAGCCACAAAAAUUAUUAACGCGUUAAACACAGCCCAUACUUAUAUGAGUCGCUGCGAAACCGGAUUUCAAGUGUGGAGAUUCUUUGAAACUCCAUUCGCCAAAAAACUUUAUGCAGCUUGUGAUGUUCUUGACGAAGUUAUUGGAAAAUAUAUUCACCAAACUCAAAAUAAGCUGCAAACUUUGUCGCUAUCAAUACAAGAGGAAUCUACAAAUGAAGAGAGAAAAUUACCAUUACUCGAAAAAAUGAUGAUUCAGCGUAUUCAUCCAGACGACAUUUCUAUUCUUCUGAUGGACAUGAUUAUUUUAGGCGUUCAAGCUGUUAUUAAUUGCGAGGCAUUCCUACUUUAUUUCCUAGCAAAAAAUCCUAGAGUACAGAAACGAUUAUAUAAUGAAAUAAUCUCUGUUUUAUCAAAAACAGAAUAUACUCUGACAAAAGAAAGCUUGGAAAAUAUGCCAUAUCUAAAAGCAUGCAUAAAAGAAAGUCUUAGAUUGCGACCAGCAUUUCCCUAUUUGACAAGAUUAUUACCAUCGGCAAUUUCAUUACACGGAUACACAAUACCAAAAGGAACUUUCGUUAUAAUGGCAAAUCAAAUAACAUCACAGCGUGAAGAAUAUUUUGAAAAUCCUGAAAAGUAUCAACCAGAAAGAUGGUUGAAUCGAGAUGAAUAUACGCAUAAUGAUUAUCAAGAGUAUUCAUGUCUACCUUUUGGCUAUGGUGUACGAUCCUGCCUGGGAAAAAAUAUGGCCGAAACACAAAUGAUGUUACUCACUGCAAAAUUGGUACAAGAAUUUACAAUUGAAUAUGAUUAUGCUGAGAUCCAAAGUCGAUUUCUUAUGAUAAAUGUACCAAAUAGAUCAUUACGUUUUCGAUUUGUAGAUAGAAAUUAAAAAAUAAUAAGAAGUAUGGAAUUUACAUAAGUAAAAAAAUCUAAAGAACAAGAGAAUUAUUAGAUUUGAAGAUGUAUCUUUAUUAACAUUAUAUUAUAAAAAUUAUUAAU